GCAAACCCUGCCAAUCUCGUCUUCGUCUGUGUGAACACCAUGACCUGCUUUCCUCCUCUAUGUCGGCCUGUCAGUCGCUAUGUGCGAGGUUUGUUCAUGCGGGCGAAGCGUCACCACCAUGCACCGGAGUGUCCUGCCUCGACCUCGAAAGCGGAUUCGAGUAUGACAAUGUUGCCUUCCGGUGUCUUAGUGAGGAAGAAGGAGCCAAUUAGCGCAAUCGAUGUACAUAGUUCUCCUCAGUCGCUCGUUUGUCAAUUCUGUUGGGACACCGGGCUAUUCGCCGCGGGUCCUUUCCAGGAGGCAUGGGACGGGCAGGCGUCAUUCUACGGGACCACUUAUACAACUACUUGGACCCAAAUUCAGAGUUCAGCCGACAACGAUUGUCAGUGGUGCAAGCUAGUCCUUUCCACUAGGACGGAUAUCAUGCUGCAGGAAACACUUCAGAUCACCGUCGGCUUUCGCCCCACUUCGGGCAGCCAUGCUGUCACCCCGAAAGGUGUCCAUACGUUGCGUCUAGUCGUUGACGAUAUGCCGCAUUUUAUGUACUACGUCUAUGCUAAGCAAGGUGGGUCCCGUUCUCAACAGUCCUUACUCACGAGAAUGUUGAUGCCGCGGAUAAAGCAGAGGACCCUGCCGCGUCUCUCCUCGUCGCCCGGCCUAGAGUCCUGCAGCUCAACUCGCCUUCCACCCGCGCCAUGGCUUCCUCCUGCAUCACGGAUUGCAUCCGCAAACACACUCGCUGUCCUCCUCCACACAACGCGACACUCCCAUCCCGAGUUAUCGAUUGUUCUGACCCCACAAAGCCCAAGCUUCGCCUCAGCGGUGGUGACACGGCGUCAUACGUAAUUCUGAGUUAUGUCUGCGGGGAAGACCAGCCUUACCGCACGACGACAGCAAACCUCGACUCAUAUCUCCUCGGCAUUGAUCUCGCCGCACUACCACAGACGAUCAAGGACGCAAUCGAGACCACUCACAACUUCGGCGUGCGCUAUCUUUGGCUCAACGCGCUCUGCAUCCUUCAAGACUCAGAAGAGGAUAUAGCUCGCGAGAUCGCACAGAUGCACACCGUUUUCCGCGGCGCUUACUUCACGAUCAUCGCAGCAAGCGCAAGCACGGCCAGCCAGGGCUUCCUUCAGGACCGUCCACCCCCUUCACCCCCAGACGUCACCCUUCCAUUUCGAUGCCCCGAUGGUGAAGUCGGGACCAUGUUCCUAUCACCCGUAUGGCGCCAGUACGACGGUUCCGCAGAGCCAGUGCACCAGGACGCCUGGUGUCUCCAAGAACGCCUCCUCUCGCCCAGAGCCCUGGUGUACGCGUCACAUACGCUGCAGUUCCACUGCCAGACCUCGAUCGUCAACGUGGGCAACUCCGUCUGUGGGCCCACGUUCGGAGCACGCCUUCCCGAUCUCCUCCUCCGUCCCGACGCCGAGCUCCCCUCAGGCUCCCCAUCCGUGCUGUCGCAGAGCGAGCGCAAGACGCUGCAGUGGUCGUGGAUCGAGACGGUCGGUGACUACACGCACCGCACCGUCGCGAAGCCCGACGACAAGCUCGUCGCGUUCGCGUCCAUCGCGGAGCUGUUCCACCGCGCGUGGAAGACGGACUACCUCGCGGGCCUGUGGCGCGACACCCUCACCCAGGACCUGCUGUGGUACAAGACCUUCGAAACGCGCUAUCCCCGGCCAGAGACUUUCCGCGCACCUUCGUGGUCCUGGGCCGCGAUCGACGGCCGUGUCAUGGCGUACUCCGUGGACGACCGCUUGGACCCCGACUCGAAGGACACGGAGGCGUGCGAGGUGGUGAGCUGCGAGGUCGCCGUCGCCACGCCGCUCCUACCGUUUGGCAAAGUCCGAUCGGGGACCCUGACUCUCCGCAGCGUGAUGCUGGAGGCCACCUGGAACCCCGACUCGUCCAUGCCCGAUCUAUACCUGAAGACCUCGGACGCGGCCUCGGACUCCACGGUGAACCCUGUAUCCUCAGACCCUCCCGAGAUCACGACAGAACCCCGGCAUAUUGGAUGCGCAUACCCAGACAGCACCGAAGAUGUGCAAGAGGUCUGGGCGAUCCCUAUCCAGUGGAACCAGAGCGCGCGGUACGCUUCAGGACUUAUUGUUGCACCUCAUCCCGACGGCGGUAACGCCUUCCGCCGUGUUGGCUUCUUUCACUCUCCCGAAGACACCCUCGAGGGAUUGAUGUGGAUGUUGAAUCAGGAGAAGCGAGACAUCCUUCUCGUUUAAUUGCUUCUUUCACUACCUAGCUGUAGCCCGUACGCUAGGUAAGUUAGAACCAUUGGUUUCAAUGACAGAUGGCUGCCUUACCC